UCUUAUGGUGUCGGUAAAACUUGACAUUUCUUAAAAUCAUUCAUCUGAAGUAAGCCUCAGAUAAAUGUCAUUGUUUUUAAAAAAAAUAUUAAAUUUUAAUUAAUAUAUUUGUACUCAAGUGGCGUUUAAAAAUAUAAUAUUUGUCCAAACACUUGAAUAUGUCGUCGAACGCAGAUCCGUUAGCGCGAUUCGAUGCAAAUUAUAUAAGCGACACAAUGUACACAGAAGAUAUAAACAAAAAAAUGCGAGUUCCUAAGCGAAUUCGUGUUGCAUCAAACAGUGAUGAUGACAUGGCGAACGGAUUGUCAGGACAUUGGUCUAAUUAUGAUAAUAAUUAUCCCACACCCGAUGAACAAUUUGAUAUGAAAGUACCAGAGCGUAUAAUCGUGACGGGGUCAGGUCAACAUGUUGGAACUAAAACAUUACCACGUGAGAUUGUACUUGAAGAUCAAGUGAUGCCACGAGAUCCAGGUGUCAUCCGUGUGGCAACACCACCCCGCGUCAUUACAUUAGACAAAUACCAUUAUCCUAGUGUAAAAGAUCCUCCUAAUGAUGAACCUUCAGUUCCUGUAGUUAAACCUAGAUCUCGUUUUAAUACAACAGACAAAGGCUAUCCUAGCAAUGCUUUGAUACCCGUGAAACGUACAACAACUACAAAUUGUUCCCAGGAUGCUGAUGAUUUUACUAUUGUUAAUAGUUCAUUUACAUCAAUUGGUCAUAGUGGUGGGGAUGGUUUAACACCAGCCGAAGAGAUACUACAUUUACGUAAACAAUUAGCAAAAUUAAAUCGACGUGUUAUGGCCAUUGAAUUGGAAUCAAUGCAACGACAACAAAAGGAGAAAUUCAUUUAUGGACUUGGUUUAGCAUACUUUUUAUUUAAAGCAUUACUUUGGUUAAAUCGAUCUUAAGUUAUUUAAUUUUUAAAUAUAAAAUACAGUCAAAUCUGGUUAAGUGACCACAAUUCAUAAGUUGAUAAUCCCCACUUAACGGAAACUCCCUUGUAGGUAGAGGUGACCAAAUAAAGAUUAACCAACUAA